AUAAAAGAGGGAAAGCUGAUGAGAGCGAGCGAGGGAUGAAAAUUGAAUCAAUGAUAGAAAUUGAAGAGGACGACGAUGACUUUAUCUCAAGAGUGGCUGAAGCGGAAGCCCGCGCCCUUUCCAACAAACGGUGUCGCGUAACCAAUCCUCUUGACGACGCUAUUGAGAAGAAGAAGAAGAAGCAGGAGGGGGUUGUUGUUGCAGUUGAAGAAGGGGCUUACAUUACUGCUCUUAGAGGAACCAAGAGUCCUUUCUGGCAACAACAAAACACUAGCUCAACCAGAUCUAGAGUCAAGCCUCUUUCUCCUGAUUAUUCUAACCAAUCAAACGCUGUUGGUGGUUCUAUUGUCGAUUCUACCGACGCAUCCGAGCCGUUAGUUCCUCAGAAGAGCUGCCCUUGCGGUUUGGGUGCUUGUGUUAUUUUCACUGCUAAUACUGAGAGGAAUCAUGGCCGUAAGUUCUACAAAUGUCCUGUUAGACAGGAAAAUGGUGGCUGUGGCUUCUUCGAGUGGUGCGAUAAUGCUUCUGGAAUGAAUAACCAUAACAUUUUUGUUGGGCAUCGAAAUAUUGCAUCUAAUUUUGGGUUUUCAGACCUUCCUUGUCCAUGUGGAGCCGGAUCUUGCUUGAUUUUGACUGCCAAAACUGGGAACAACAUUGGCCAACAAUUCUAUCGUUGCCCUGCAAAUCAGGGAAGUUCAUGUGGCUUUUUUAAGUGGUGCAACGAUAACGUUGUAACAGCUGGUCUUCCAGCAAGUGCAUCAAAAGGCUUCAACAAAAUGAAUGACACAAACAACAAAAGCAAUGGAAGAACUGGAUCUUCCUGUUUCAAAUGUGGCAAUGAAGGACAUUGGGCAAAAGAUUGCCCCAAUCCAUCGCCUAAUUCUCAUCCUCCUGCUGAGAUUGGAAGGGGCACUGCAGCUGCCGGUUCUUGUUACAAAUGUGGUAAGCCUGGGCACUGGGCAAGGAACUGCACCGCUAGUCAAUAUACUUAUGCUUCACGUAAUUAAUAGAUCAUCUACUGUUUCUGGUAGUAUUUUGGCUUAAAUGGGAAAUUUCCAAAAUCCAGAGCCAGAGCAUAUUAUCAUUUGGUGGAAUAUAUUUUUGAUCAUAUGAUAGAAGAACAAAUUUCCCCAGAUUCAAACUGUUUGUAAAUGAAUGACAUUACUACUAGGCUGGUAGCGGAAAUUUCUUGUUAUAGAAACUUUCCCAUGUUCAUAUAUUCCCAUUAUGCGAUGUCUAUUCGCUGGGUAAAAUUAAUUAGUAAGCGUAUUUCUUACUUUUUUUCCUUUUUAGCAAAAUUACGGAUAGAGUGAAUUACUAUUUAGUCAUUUAGUCAUAUUCAACCGUAUUAGUCUUGGGGCUUAUUUUCAGAAUUUAAUUAUACGUUCUUUCGGUUUUA